GCGCACCACCCCUAACCCCCCGCAAAACCCUAGCUAACAUCCAUGGCUGCGGACGACGGCGAGCCCACCACCGUCGUCUCGCCAACGCCGCACCCGGAGGAGGAGCCUACCCUGUCCGCGGACGUCCUCUUCGAGCCAACGGCACUGUCGCUGCUGCCGCCGCCGCGGGAGGAGGAUAAGGAGGGGGAGGACCCGGAGGAAAAUCCUAUCGUCGCUCCAAUGCUGCCGUCGCAGCUGCAGGUGGAGAAGGAGGAGGACGAGCAGCUGGUGCCCGCCGCGGCGCUGCCCGAUCCGCUCGAAUCGGGCCCGGCUCCAUUCAAGGGACACGAGGAGACAUCGCAAGACAAAGAUCCCUUCCAGGUUCCCGGUCCAGCAAAUGAGGACAAGCCCUGUCAAGACCAAAAUCCCUUUCAGGUUUUGGGUCCAGCUCCAGCAAAUGAGAUAUAUGAGGAUGGUUACCCAAGUCAUGUAUACUCUGGCAACCCAUUUGGACCAUCUGUGCCGUAUACUCAGACUCUCUUGGAUUCUCUCAACGAAAACCUUGUACGAACUCGGUGUUGUUCGCGGUACAAACUGAUCCGUGCGAAGAACGACUUCCCCAUGGCUGCUUCGCUGAGUAAUCCUGAGAAUUGGACGUGUUUCCUCAAUUGCGUUCUUCAGUGCGUGGUUCACUUAGUGCCGUUUGUAUUGAAACUUCUGAAGCAUCCUCAUCUAGGUGACUGUCCUUCUGAUGAAUUCUGCUGCUACUGUUUCAUUCGACACCAUGCUUCUGAAGUUAUCAGACAUUCGGGAAAUGUGCUAUAUCCCAGAAAGUUCAUCAAACGCCUGAAGUUAAUAUUUCGAGGUUUCAAGCGGGGACAACACCAAGAUGCACAUGAGUUCCUCCGCUGCUUGCUUGAUAAAUUAGACAUGGUAACUGUCACUCCCAGUUCUAAAUCCAAGGAACCCUCUUCUAUUGUCAAUGAAUUUUUUGGGGGCGAACAGAAGAGCCAGUUAAAUUGCCCAAAUUGCGGUCGUUUCUCAGACCGUUUGGAGUCUUUCCUUGACCUUAACCUGGAGGUGAAUCAGAUGGGGAAUAUCACAGACUUACUAUCAGCUUUUACAAGAAUUGAGGUGAUUGAAGAUUAUCUUUGUGAUGGAUGCAAAACUCGUGUGAACAUGGAAAAGUGCCUGAAGGUGGAGCGGGCUCCAAAAGUUCUUGUAAUCCAGCUCAAACGGUUUCAAAAUUUUGGGGGGGAUAUAUCUAAAAUUGAUCACAUGGUGAAUUACCCGUUUGAGCUGGACUUAAAGCCUUUCAUGAGCUGCACGGAUGAUGAACCUCAUACAUAUGAUCUGUACGGAAUUGUGCAGCAUUUUGGUGAAACUGCCAGAGGUCACUACGUGUGUUAUGUCCGUUCAUCUGAAAUUGAUUGGUUUCUUCUAAACGAUGAUAAGGUUGUGAAAAUGAGCCAGGACAAACUUCUACAGAUGGAAGCAUAUAUGCUGUUCUACGUCAAGAAGGGUGAAUCCUCAUGGUUCUCUACAUUACAUCAGAACAAGGAAAUGCUGCUGUCAGAUUAUUUUGGAGAAUUGGCGGGCAAAGGAUUAGAUGAAGAUGGUGCCUCGAAAUCUGGCAGCUACACUAGCAGUGAGAGUGACAAUGAGUGUAUCGAACAACAUGAUGCAGGCUCCCAUGGAGGGUCAUCACAAGAGAAUGGGAGAAGCUGCAACUUACUCCAGUCAUCAUCACAUAAAAAUGAAGACGACUACUGCUGUCCUGAAAACUUGACAUCGCAUGAAGAAGACGAGAAGAUGGGCUUAUGUGAUUCUCCUGCUGGCACUUCAAGGAUCAGACUGAUAGGCUCCAACUCCGACCGCAUUGUUAAUGGUAAUAUGUUCCUUAAGCUUUCAGCGCAAGAAAAGGGAUGGUGAAGCGGCGACCAGAGCAAGGAAACGGAUGAGAACCUAGUCUGCAGAUGAGUGCAAAGAAGAUGAGUGGCGGCACAAAGAAGACUGAGGGAGAGGGCCAGGAGAAAGCUGAGGCAGAAGGGAACAGCGAAUCAUCUAUAUAAUCUGCUUAAGUGCGUAGCUAAUUACCGUAAGCAAGGUGUUUAGUAGUGCAGAAAUAGACCAGUGACAGUGCAUUUUUGGGCACUUGUAGCAAAGAUUUCCACCUGAGCCCUGCUGCCAACAUAGUUUGGUUUGAUGUAUUUGCUAGUAACUUCCAGCUUUACAUACUGCAAGGACAACCAUAUUGGUAUGAAAUGGUCAUCACAAAGCAAAGUCUUUUCUUUGGUAGCACAGGUCCCACGAAAG